AUUCCAGAUUUUCUCUAAUCAGACGUAGUACACUCUGUAGUGUUUGUUGUUUAGUAUAAGUUGUAGAGAUGGAGGUUGGAAACGCUCAAAUACACGGACAGACGGACAAGCUAUCGUGUAGAGAGUGUGGUACGGAAUCUAGAGUAAGGUUGUUGUCUUGUCUACAUAGUUACUGUAGCGAGUGUAUCGCCCAACAUACCCAGGACCUAGAAUCAGAGUUGGUAUACUGCUCUACGUGCCGGAGUAACAACAAAAUCACAUCAAACGAGCUCUCAUUCUCUGAACUAGACCAGAUUGAAGGCUGUUGUCCUGACCAUGACAACAGCUGGACCAUGUUCUGCUUCACAUGUGACAAACCACUCUGUGACACGUGCACUUCAGAUCUACACCGCGCGCACGAGUAUCUCACCCUCAACGAGGCUAGCGCUGUCAAAGCUACUGAACUGCGCAGUCGCUCGCAUGAUCUUAAGAUAAGUUUGAGGAGGGUCCACGCUACCAAGGAGAAAACAUUGCAAAUAAAGGAGGAUCUAUACGCCCGAGCGGAAGAAGUGACUUAUCAGAUCUACACUACAUUCGGACAGUACAUCCGUGCGCUACAAGAGAGGGAACAAGCGCUGAUCGCAGAAGUGGAGGGUAUUCAGCGUGCAAAGGAGAAGGUUCUAGACUUGCAGAUUCAGGAGAUAGAGAAGGACUUGAGAACGGCUGAACACACCUGCAGUUUUACCAAGACGCUCAUAGAGCAGGGUUCAGCUAUGGACAUUAUCACAACACACAGCACAGUCCUGUCUCGUAUAGAUACACUUGAGGAGAGUAGACGACACCCUGCACCACCCGAGAGUGACAACAUCAAGUUUAUCCCUGAGGAUGGGGACGUGUUUGUGGAGGCGACUGCACAGCUGGGGCGUGUGGAGGGGAACAGACGCACUUUCCCGCAGAAGUCAAGGUUUGCGGAGGAACCGCCGAGGUGUUUGCUGAAUGGUUCAGAACAAUGCUGGACUCUGGUAGCAUGUGAUGUGUUAGGGAGCUGUGUCGCUACGGGAGGUGACGAGGUGGUCUGCUCCGUUAAGAAUGAAACAAACAGUGAGCGCUACCGAUGUGAGAUAAGUGAUAGCGGAGACGGAACCUACGAACUGACCUUCACUCCCCUUCACCCUGGAAAACUGAGAAUAACAGUCGGUGUAAACAACAGACACGUACAGGGGUCUCCAUUCUCAGUGUCCUGUCAAGUAAGGAGGGACUACGCCCUGGUAGGAGAGUGUCUCCUGUUUGGAGGUGCUAAGGGGAGCAAACUUGGGGAGCUACUCCACCCCACAGCUAUAGCUCUCAACAAAGCAGAGACUAAACUUUACGUGUCAGAUUCAGACAAUCACCGGAUACAAGUGUGGUCGUACCCCGAGCUGCAGUGCCUCACUAGUUUCGGUUGUCAAGGUAACGCACUGGGUCAGUUCUCGUACCCCUACGGUCUGUGUGUGGCAGGAGAUAAGGUGUAUGUAGCGGACUGUAAGAAUCAUAGAGUUCAGAUCCUCAGCACGGAGGGCAGCCCGUUAGGAGCCAUUGGGGAGCACGGGUUCUACGAGGGACAGCUGUCUCACCCUUACGAUGUAGUGGUGGACGAACAGGGCAAGGUUUAUGUGAGCGAUAGUGCUAAUUUUAGGAUACAGGUGUUCUCGGAUGGAGGGGAGUUUAUCUUUUCGUUUGGCGAGAAAGGAACUAAAGAAGGUCAGAUGUUGUGCCCCUGGGGUCUCCACGUGACCGAUCACAUGAUCAUAGUAUCUGAUUUCAAGAAUAAUAACGUCCAGUUCUUUACCAAACAAGGGGAGUUUGUGAGACAAAUCAGAGACUCUGAGAAUGACAUGUCGCUCACUAAUCCGGCGGGUUUGACAGGGGACAGGGAGGGGAACGUGAUAGUUUGUGACCGGAGCAGUCAUUGUGUUCAGAUAUUUGAUGGAGAGGGACGGUUUGUAUCCCGGUUUGGGACGAGGGGAUCUCAUCUCGGGAACAUGAAGUAUCCUACUGGGGUUGUGCUGGAUAGCUCCGGGAAUAUUAUUGUUUGUGACGCUUUUAAUCAUAGGAUUCAGAUAUUUUGACACUGGUGAUUUUAGUUUUUGAACAAAAUAUUUUUGGUUAACAAUUGUUACAAGCUGCACUGAUUUCCAAAAUUAUUUUCAUUUUAUAAAUAUUACUACUUGACUGAACAGC